CUUCGGAUGGUAGAGUCUUAGCUCGUAGCAUGCUCGUAGUUGCUGAAUUCUGUUUCUGAAAUAUUUUUAAAAAAAUUCAACGCUUUAAUUUUUGUUUUGUGACACAUGUAACAUGAUGACAUCCAAUUUGUCUGGUACUCCGAAGAUGAUUGUGCCGUACGUGUGGAACUUUGAGUGUGAAGAAGAACCGAUGACCAUUGCGUCGAAAAUGAUUUUGUUUCGAGGCGAAAAAGUAUUCCGUGUGGGUUUGAAGAAUCACACACUGAAACCCGUCUUGUUUUUCAUGGCAACUGAUCUCAGAAAAAUGGGGAUGAAAGUGGAAAGCAUAAUGUACGGAUUUCAAGGUAAUGGCCCAGCAAGGAUGACGACAAUGAAAAACCAGGAUAUCGGCGAUGAAGGAAGUCAACAGCUAUUCACCAAAAAUUUUCCUAAGAAGUUAGUUGGAAAAACCUCUUUUGUGUUUCGAAUUUCCAUCGAAGGUACUGAUCCCAGCUAUUCCUAUCAACUGUCUGAUCGUCUGGCCAAGGAUCAAUUAUGGGCCACUUUACAAAAUCAACAGCAUCUGGCAGACGUUGAAUUAAUCGUGAAAGAUAAAACAUUUCCUGCACACAAAGCCAUUCUUGCUGCUCGUAGUCCCGUGUUUGCAGACGAAUUCGAGAAGAAAAAACUAGACGUUCCUCAACAGAUCCGAAUCGAAACCGGAGCGGAACCUUCAACCGUGUUGAAUUUUCUUCACUUUGUCUACACGGGAGAGCCGAUUGGAACAUUUGCAAAUGAAGAAUUGCUUAAAUUAGCUGAUAUCUAUCAACUUAAAAUUCUGUCUAGUUUAUGUCAACAUGCUCUGAAGACAACAGAUGCCAUGCAAAUGGCUAAAGUUAGCCAACAUUUGAACAGCAACGCCGAAAAUCUUUCUUCCAAAAUCACGCCGGAGGAAGAAACGGAAGUAUUUUUUGAUCGAACGACGCCUACAUUUCGUUGCCCUUGGCUAUUGAAAAAAUAUGAAAACGGACAAUCCAAAUGUGUGAUGCAAUAUCAAAAUGAGAAUAUUUUUAGUGCUUACUACACUGAAGAAAAAGAAAUCGCUUCACAACUGAACGACGACAUUAGUAAACCUGUGAUUCAUUUUACAUGUGUCAAGCAUCGCACCUUCGGUCUGCAAGUUGAAGAUAUUUACUGCGGCAUGAAAGAAUCGGGCUCGAGGGGAUACAAUCGAUGGUUGAAAAUGGAACCGAGACAUCAUCAGAAAAACGCCGAAGUACUACACUUCGCAACACAAGCUCUUUCGGGUUUCAGCAAAGAAAAUCUUCAAUUCCGAGUCUACUUCCACACCAAAACAAUUUGUACGAUUGGCAACUAUAACUACGAGAUGAUGGACGACAAAUGGACGACAGAUUUAUGGCUGGCAGCAACAAAUCAGAAGUUGACGGAUGUCGAAAUUAUUGUCGGUACUGUUAAAGUCAUGGAAGCCCAUCGAGUUAUUCUAUCCGCUCGGAGUCCUGUCCUGAAUAUCGUGUUGAAAAAGAACAGCAACACAGAAAAGUCUAUUGUCAUAUUCAAGGAGGAAUUCGAUGUCGAAGUUGUAAAGAAUUUCCUGAAUUUCCUUUACACCGGAUCUUUAAAAACGACUGGCGGCGGCCAACAACUUAGUAAAUUGGCCAAAAUUUGCCAAGUGGAGACUUUGAAAAAUGUUUGUCAACUAAUCAAUCGUGUACCAGAUAUUGAAGAACUGAGCGACUCUCUCAUACAGGUAGAAUCACCGAAUGAGUUGCCCUAAUUGGUUAUUCUACAACAUGUGUUGUGUAUUUCAUUAUUUAAGUCAU